UGUGUCGGAUCGGGACUGGGAAUUAACAAGUGCAUUGAGUGACGAAGAAUCGAAUAACGCCAUAGAAAACUUGGGUACGCCCAUGCUUCACUGAUUCUGCGGCUGGAAUAUCUUUUUGGAAGCCGAUCCUUAGUGGCUUCAAAAACCGUUCUUUAAAAGCUUGUGUGCAGACGAUGUAUCUGUCUUCAGUUUUGAAUAUAAUGCCCGAUAUAAUGAUUAUCAUGUCUCUUCGUUUUAUGUUUUCUUUGGCAGAUGGUGUUUCGCCGACCGAGCAUGAGGCGCGAAUACUCCAGAAUAUCUUUUUGAUCCGUUGUUGAUGAUGAUGCGUUGAGAAGAUGGGAACUUUGGUGGGGACCGACUUUCUCACCGAGGCAACGGUCCACUCAUCGCCGCAGUCCCCGCUGACAAGGGCCGAGCACACCGUGACGACUGGUUCGAUGUCCUCUACGUGGAGCUCUCAAGGAUCGCCCUGCCUAGGCUGCUCUAAGACCACACUCCUGCCAGAUUCAGACGGUGAUUCACUGGAUGUUUUAUCGACAGAUGUUACUGUAAUUUCAUUUACUGAGGAUGUGAAUUUUUCGUUUCCUUAUGGAACAUCAAACUACACCUCACCUGAGGUGUCCUCAGACUCUGGAGUCAAUGACCUCACCCGUCAACUUCUUGUUGGCAUACUAUCCAUAUUCUUAGCACUGGUAAUUACAUUUGGAAAUACGUUGGUUAUAUUGGCUGUAUAUCGUGAACAUCACUUGAGAACUGUGACGAAUCUUUUCAUCGUGUCUCUUGCAUGCGCAGACUUUUUGAUUGGGACCAUCGUUUUGCCAUUUUCGAUUCACAUGGAGAUAACGCAGGGAUACUGGCCCUAUGGCGUAGUUUGGUGUGACCUCUGGCAUGCAUUUGAUAUCUUGGGAUGCACUGCUUCUAUAUUGAACCUAUGUGUUAUAGCAUGUGAUAGAUAUUGGGCGAUUACUCAUCCGUUCAGCUACCCGACGCGCAUGACGAAAAGGAUGGCUCUUAUUUUAAUCAGCUUGGCUUGGGUGUGUUCCGCGCUCAUCUCAUUCCCGUGUAUCUGGUGGUGGCACGCGGUAGAGCCCCCUCACCCACCACGAGGCUGCAUAUUUCCGUCAAAUACUGUUUACCUUGUAGCAUCAUCUUGCGUAUCGUUUUAUGUCCCUUCUGUCAUCAUGUUGGGCAUGUAUCUCAAAAUCUACCGCACAGCGGUUGGCCAAGUACGGAUGUUACGCUCAGGGACGAAGCGCGUCAAGUCUGUAAAUGGGGACGGUAUGGCAAUGCGCGUCCAUAAGGGAGGAUCCGUCAACGGAGAUGCCAUGGCGAUGCGCGCCCAGAAGAGAGGAUCCGUAAACGGAGAUGAAAUAUCAAUGCGCGUCCAUAAGGGAGGAAUUAGAACAAUUGAUGGCUCGUUACAAAAAAGACGAGCAAGUACAAGCCCAAAUUCCUACUCGCCUCAAACUGUGCCGGGAACUGUCAACAGGCGGAAUAGCCUGCCUGGAAGGAAAUUGAUGUCCAGGUUGUCUCGAGAACAUAAAGCAGCCAGAACUCUUGGCAUCGUCAUGGGUGUUUUCAUCAUAUGUUGGCUACCGUUCUUCAUCGUCAAUGUCACCGCACCUUUAUGUCAGACAUGUUAUUUUCAUCCAAUCUUAAUCGGUAUUGUCACGUGGUUAGGAUAUGUGAACAGUGCGUUGAACCCAAUUAUAUAUGCUUUCGCAAGUCGCCGUUUUAAAAACGCAUUUACGCGCAUCCUUUGUAUAUAUAAAUGGAAGCGCAAACGUGAAAUGCACGAUUGGUCAAGUUCUCGGAGAAAAGGAUCGAUGACACCGAACAGUCCCACAGGGCUCAUUGCUGACACCUCUAUUACUCAGUACAGUGAAGAAAGGAAUUCUGUUGAUACCACAAGCAGUGCUCAUUCAAAUUUUAGAUACUCUUUACCAAAUGGUUACUUCUGAAAAACGCCAUAUUUUGGUGUUGAUAAAUAUUUAUGAUAAUCGAUGAUGUUACUUUUGCACUUUUUGUACAAUCAUACUAAUGAAUAUUGGAAAUAACUUAUUAUGAAAUCGUAUUGAUAUUAUUAUGCAAUGAAGUUUAUAAUAUGAAGAAGGAUAAAAACAAAUCAAGACAGUUAUCCGUUAUUUUCAUGAUGGUACAUUUGUAUUUAACUACAGCAACUUUACUAUAUAGACCUUUUCGAAUUUCAUCUAAUUCAUAAAAUCUACCACUGAAUACUAUUUUUAUCUAUAUCAUUUUAUGUCUCUAGUCAGUUUGAUCGAUUUUUAGUGCAUAAAAAAUAUGCCUUUAUCAAAUGCGUUCUUGCAAAUUAUGUAUUUUAUUUUUCACUCUAAGUCUAAAUUGGAGUUAUAUUUCCAUACUACGCAUUUAUCGUUGUAAUAUACUCAAAUAUCAAAUCAUUUCAUAUCUGUAUUUAAAUCUUUAAAAAUCGACAUAUUGCCGACUUAAAUAUUUAUUUUUCCAUUUUUAUUUGAUCUUUGAGAUAAUCUUAAUGUCAGUUACAAAUUGUUUCUUUGGUACCUUAUUUUGAAAUGAAAUUCAUUGACCAUUAACGUAUGUAUGAAUAUCAUAUAUACAUCGGCAUUUAAAGAGAAAUAUUCACAAUUGGUUUAGUAAAUGCCGUAGAAAUAAAUCGUAGAUUUUAAAAGGAGCGUAGGCCUAGCUCUAAAAAAAAAACGAAAAGAAAAGUCACACUCUUCGUCGGUGUCCAUGAUGUGACACAAAUUAAUUCAAGUAAAUUUCUGAAACAGUCGUGAUAAAUAGUCUGUUCAUGUGCAAACUGAUUGUGAAACUCACCUUUCAAAGAAAUUAAUGUGCUGAAGAUGGAGAAAGGCCAGCACUGUUAAAAAAAAUCGCAUAAAGAAACGUUUCCAUGACUGCAAGAUGACAAUGGCGAAUCUCCGAUUCUAAAACAGGAAAAUCUGAAAAGGGUCUAACCCGCCACAGUCCAAGUUUAGCAGUAAAAUUACCUGAGUAAAAUAGAAAUAGUCUGCUUCGGCAUAUAAGAAAAAUAAUAGUCACAAUUGGUUUAGUAAAUGCCGUUGAAAUAAAAUCGUAGAUUUUACAAGGAGCGUAGCUCUAAA